UUGAGCAAAUGUUGUUAUCUAUGCCCAUGUGUUCUGUUAAACGUAAAAGUCAUAAAAUAAAAAGAAUUGUAUUAUUACAUACUUUAGUGCUGUAAUUAAGUAAUUAAAAAUGGUGAAGAUUAAAAAAGCUGCUAAAAAAAUAGCGAAACCAGUAGAAGUUGUUGAAGAUGUAGCAUUACCACCUAAGAAGAGAUCUUCAGAUGACCCAUUACCUGAAAAAACAAAAUGGAUAAACAAACAGCGGGUACUUGUAUUUGCAAGUCGUGGAAUCAAUUACAGACACAGACACCUUAUGGAAGAUUUAAAAAAAUUGAUGCCCCAUCAUAAGGCAGAAUCAAAAAUGGAAAGGUCGAAGAAUCUUUUCGUUGUCAAUGAAAUUUGUGAAGUCAAGAACUGUAAUAAAGCUUUAUUAUUCGAAGGAAGGCGAAAAGCAGAUUUGUAUAUGUGGGUUUCUAAUAUUCAGCAAGGUCCAAGCGCUAAAUUUUUAAUAGAAAACGUUUAUACAAUGGAUGAAAUGAAACUAACAGGAAAUUGUUUGAGGGGUUCUCGACCUAUAUUAUCCUUUAGUCCAACUUUUACUAAAGAGCCUCAUUAUCUUGUAAUGAAGGAAUUAUUAACACAAGUAUUUGGAGUUCCUAACCAUCAUCCGAAAAGCCAACCUUUCUUUGACCGUGUUUACACAUUCCACAUAAUGGACCAUAGAAUUUGGUUUAGACAUUAUCAAAUCUUAUCAGAAGACGGAGCUCUGGUAGAAAUAGGGCCAAGAUUUGUUUUGAAUCCUGUGAAAAUAUUUGAUGGAUCUUUUGGUGGACAGACACUCUGGGAAAAUCCACAUUAUUUAUCUCCGGCUAAGUACCGUCAAACACUGAAGAAGAAAGCAAGUAACAAAUAUCUGGACAGGGUUGAACAGAAAGCUGCUUAUGAAGCAAGCAGACCGGCUACAAGUUAUAAAUUGAAUGAGUUAGAUGAUAUUUUUGCUGGUGAUAUCAAAGAAAAGGCAAAGAAAAUUAAAGAAAGUAACAAUGAAGAGGUUUAUGAUGCAAAUGAGGAUAUGGAUAUGAAAGAGUCUUCUGCUACAGAUCUUAAGAAGAAAAUGGUUCUACAAGGAAAUCGAUCUCCAAAGGUUGAAAAAGCCAAGCAAGAUGUAUCAACGAAAGAAAAUGAAAAAAAAGGAUUAUUUGUGAAGAUUGGGAAGACAUCACCUAGCAAAGCUAAAUCCGCUAGGAAAGUAAAAUUAUCUAAAAGUAUAUCAAAGGUGAAAGCUAAAAAAAUAAAAGUUGCAUUUGCACCAAAAAAAUUAAAUAUCAAGAAACAAAAAUAAAAUAUUUGAUAGUAA